AUGGUGCAGUUGAUGAAAAACGGCAACCCGGACUCGCACAGCGAAAAGACGCCGGUGGUGAAGGUGGAAAUGGAGGAUACUUUAGAAGAAGAGCAUGGACCACUCUCCAAGCGCCAAAAACAGGGUCUGGGCAUGGGAAGUUUUCCAGAGUCAGUUUUGCAGUAUAACCCACUUGAUGAGCCAAGUCCAUUGGGUUUGCAACUGAGAAAAAGCCCAUCACUUUUGGAGUUAAUCCAAGCAAAGCUUUCUCAAGCAAGAGCAUCCAAAGUUGGAAGUCAUGGUCAUGGUAAAAAAGAACAGAGAGGGGGUGCUUCUGGCACUACUGAUAAGCUGAAGGCCUCCAACUUUCCUGCCUCUAUUCUUAGAAUUGGGACUUGGGAGUACAAAUCAAGAUAUGAAGGGGAGUUGGUCGCAAAAUGUUACUUUGCGAAGCAUAAGCUGGUGUGGGAAGUUCUUGAUGGGGGACUGAAGAAUAAGAUUGAAAUUCAAUGGUCUGAUAUAAUGGGUCUCAGGGCAAAUUAUCCUGAUGAUGGUCCUGGUACUAUAGACGUUGUGUUGGCCAGGCAACCUCUUUUCUUCAGAGAGACUAAUCCGCAACCUAGAAAGCACACUCUUUGGCAGGCAACAACAGAUUUUACUGGUGGACAGGCUAGCAUACAUAGGCGACAUUAUCUGGAGAGCCCACAAGGCUUGCUAGGAAAGCAUUUCGAAAAACUUAUUCAAUGCGAUCCCCGUCUCAACUUUCUCAGUCAGCAAGGAGAGAUAACAUUGGAUUCUCCAUAUUUUGAGCCCAGAAUCUCUGUGUUUGAUAAUCCAAAUGAAAACAACAGUGGGUUUGAUAUGAAUAGUGGGGAGAGUUCUUCCUUUUCAAACUUAUUGGACCCAGCUUCGCCCUCUGGAGCUCAAUCAUAUUCUUCAAAAUAUGAACCCGAUGCUCUUGGUAGACAUUCAGAACCUUACCCUGGCGAAACUCCAUCACCAAGCUCAGCUAGGGAAAUACUGACCAUUGAAGAUAUCAAAACUGGGGGGAUGGAGCAACUAAAGGUGCUCAGCAAUUGGGAUCAGAUCAGGGCGCCUUGUCUCCACUUCUCUAUGUCAAUGAGUGAUAUGGUGAGCUAUCUUGAGCAUCGGAUAUCCGAGCAGAAUUCCACUAACUAUCCAUCACUCUCAAGCGAGGAAUGGCAAAGCCUUCAAAUUCUGGACAAUGUUAAACAAUGCUUGUUCAGCGACAUCCAACACAUGCCCGACUCAGAUGAGAAGUCUCUCAUGUCAAGGGUCAAUUCUCUUUGCUGCCUUCUGCAGAAAGAUACUACAGCUGGUCCAAACUUGCAAAUUAAAAGAGAAAACUGUCCUGAUGCAUCUUUGCCAGAAAAGAGAAUAGAUGACAACUUUAGCGCAUCAACUACAGAUAACGAACCUAUCCCCAUGGAUGAGUCCGAUGAUAAUACCUAUGGUUACAAGAAGCCAGCAUCAAUGACUAGGGAGGACUCAGUUGGAGAAUUGCUGCUUAAUCUCCCUAGGAUAGCAUCUUUGCCUCAGUUCCUGUUCAACAUUCCGGGAGAUACUAAGAACGCUUUGAAAUUUCACCGAUCAGGAAAUGACGGAUCUCGCUGUUUCACUCACUGGUGUAUCUACAGGUUUUCCAUCAAAGAAAGGGUGAAAAACUUUAUUGUAGUUUCGGCUAAUAAAGAUUUGAUCCAUGUCAGAAGCAAUGUCUCUAAGCUUCCUAGAGUAUCUGAACUUUCACAUCUUGAAGUGACUAUGAGACAGUUGAUUGAUGGAAAUAAUAUGACCACCACAGAUUGUUUCAUGAAUGGAGGUGUUUUUUCCUCUGACUAUCAGCAUCCAGAGGCUAGUGUGAAAUUUAUGCAAGAGCAUAAUAAGAGCUUUGUUCAGUUUAAUUCUCCAGGAAAAGUUGAUGGAAGAGAUGCUCGGAACUGA